AUGGCAUUUCAAUACAUUAUCUAUAACAAAGGAAUCGAUACAGAGUCAUCUUACACUUACACCCCCAAGGUAUACUUGGCUCACCCUUACAGUCUCUAAAUAUAUGUUACUUACCUUUUCUUUCAUAAGGUAUAGUCUACUUACCCAUUGUGGUAAAGUCUCAUUGUAUAUUCUUGUGUUAGUUUGUAUGUUGAAUUGAUGAGGACCACUUAAAUCAUUCCAUUGGUGCUUAGGCUGAUUCUGUCUGUGGCUGGGCAGAUGGCUGAUGGGAUCAAUUCUGACACAAAAUUGUUCAUGUGAAGCAGGUGCAAGGAAUGGACGGUACAUCUACAAGUCCAGUGUUGUUCGGGGGGUUUUCUGGAUUGUCUCUUGAGUUCUGCAGCAGCUGCUCUGUUGGCUUUGUAUUACAAGGAGAAGUUAGGAGGGCAUGAAGAUCGAGCCUUUGGAUUCUACUUACCUUUACUUAACCCAGAUUUAUUCAGUUACCGCUACUGUCCCCAUGCAUAUGUAUAUUCUACUUACCUUUACAGGACCAUGCAUUAACUAACUUAGCUUGAGUUAUAGACCUUAUUAUUAUGAUUUUUCACUGCGACCCACCCAUAUUUAUUCACAUUCAACUUCAAUAUUCAACAUAUUAUUCCAAUAUCUCUAUUGUGGAUCCAACAGGUGGGACGGGGGGGGACGACCGACACAGAAAAGAUAUUCUAUUUGCAUUAAAGACUCUAUUCAAUUUCUCAAAUGUUCAUUAUUCACAUUAAAACACUGCAACAUUAGAGAUGACUGGGACAAGAUUCAUGAACUACAGUCAAAUAAAUAAUAUACUAAAUGUUUUUCUACAGCAAGGCACUUGCAGAUUUAACUCCAGCAAUGUCGGUGCACAAAUCAAGUCAUACAUCAAAGUGGUACUUGGAAGCGAGGAUGACCUUCAGAAGGCUGUCGCCACAUAUUUGACUUAG